CCCAUUUAUUCCAAAGGUAUCCCUGUUUAUUUUGGUUAGAAUUAAUUCUUGUUCACCGGUUUACGCUUUCGCUUUUGAGUCUUUGUAAAUGAAGUGCGACAAUAUGAAUGAAGAAGAUAUUACCACAAAGAAUCUCAUUAAGUCUAGAGAAUGUUUGUAUCGACUUAUGAUAAGUCAGUUGUUUUACGAUGGUCAUCAGUCCAUCGCGACCACUUUAAGCAGUGCAGUGUCCGCCGACCCACCCUGUGCGCCUAGUGAUCGCCUGUUGCGUAUCAUGAUGGCCGGUUUAGAGAAUGAGCCGGAUCGUAAAGAUCGCCCUACUAAUGUGGGUAUCGGUAAUAAUAACGUCGGGCCUGGCUUGGAUCUUGAAUUUGAAACUGAAUCCAAUUUGCCCGCCCCUGAGCCUGCCUUAUAUGAAACUGCCUACGUGACUUCGCACAAGGGCAACUGUCGCGCUGGUUGCUUUUCUGGAGACGGUCAGCUGAUUGCAACUGGGAGUGUUGAUGCUAGUAUUAAGAUUUUAGAUGUCGACCGCAUGCUGGCGAAAUCGGCACCAGAUGAAAUGGAUCCCUCACGUGGGGAACAGCAAGGGCAUCCUGUAAUUCGCACCUUAUAUGAUCAUAUGGAGGAAGUUACUUGCUUAGAAUUCCACCCGCGUGAACUGAUUUUACUUUCAGGCUCUAAAGAUCUUACCAUUAAGUUAUUUGAUAUAUCUAAAGCUAGUGUCAAGAAAGCUUUUAAAACAAUUACGGAAGCGGAACCAGUUCGUUGCUUUGCUUUGCAUCCGGCGGGUGAGCACCUACUUGUAGGCACACAACAUCCGGUAAUACGCUUGUAUGAUAUAAACACCUCUCAAUGCUUCGUGUGUAGCAUUCCGUCAAAUCAGCACACUAGCAGCGUAACCUGCAUGAAGUGGUCGAAUGAUGCCAAAGUUUUUGCUACCUGUAGUAAAGAUGGAAGUAUAAAAUUGUGGGACGGAGUGUCUAAUCGCUGCAUUAACACGUUCGCCAAGGCACACGACGGUUUGGAGGUGUGCUCGGUCGCUUUCACCAAAAAUGGAAAGUAUCUACUCUCUUCUGGGAAAAAUUCAAUUUGUAAACUGUGGGAGCUAACAACAAGCCGCUGUUUAAUCGCAUAUACCGGUGCGGGAACGACUGGUAAACAAGAAUAUGAAGCACAAGCUGUCUUCAACCAUACCGAAGAUUAUGUUUUAUUCCCCGAUGAGGCAACUACUUCCCUAUGCGCUUGGAAUUCUAGAAAUGCCUCUAGAAAAACGUUGUUAUCUUUAGGUCACAAUGGAGCUGUCAGACUUAUCGCACAUUCCCCUACUCAGGCAGCCUUUUUAACCUGCUCGGAUGAUUUUCGUGCCCGAUUUUGGUAUAGGAGAACUGCUACAUUAUAAACAUAUAAGCUUUACAUAUGUGUAUUUAGUCCCAUAUAAUUUUAAAUAAAGAAAGUAUUAUAUGUUUUUAUAUUGAAAUUGUUACUUUAAAAACUAAUAACUUUUGUGAAACCAAAAGCUUAAACUGUAAUUAAACAUCCUCGUCUUCACCAACUCCCAAGAUUUCUGUAAUUAGUUGUAUUACUUCUCGCUUAUAUUGAGGUGAUAAGGACUAGGAAUUUAAUAAUUGUUAACAAAAACAAGUGGAGUUACUAUUGACAAAAUAAAAUUUUAGAAGAUU